GAGAAGCAUGGCGCCGGCGUGGUGGGGAGGAGCAUGGCGCCGGCGUGGUCACAGCACAGCCCUCCCCUGGCUGCCUCCAAGGAGUCCCCAGCUACUGAGUGGCCACUCCACGCCAGCUCAGCCCACACCUCACCUUCCCAGUGCCUGUGGAGGCCCAACCAGGGUGACGCUGGGAGAGGAGAGGGCUUGGAGGAGCCACAGGUCAAAUGCAGGAGGCCACACCUGCCUGCCCAGGAGGACUGCAGGAGCCGGGUCCUUAACACCUGGAGGGGAGCGGGGGGGCAACAACGCUGGCCACACGGUGGUGGUGGAUGGGAAGGAGUAUGACUUCCACCUACUGCCCAGCGGCAUCAUCAACACCAAGGCUGUGUCCUUCAUUGGCAACGGGGUGGUCAUCCACUUGCCGGGCUUGUUUGAGGAAGCAGAGAAGAAUGAAAAGAAAGGCCUGAAGGACUGGGAGAAGAGGCUCAUCAUCUCUGACAGAGCCCACCUUGUGUUCGAUUUUCACCAGGCUGUCGAUGGACUUCAGGAAGUGCAGCGCCAGGCACAAGAGGGGAAGAAUAUAGGCACCACCAAGAAGGGAAUCGGACCCACCUACUCUUCCAAAGCUGCCCGGACGGGCCUCCGCAUCUGCGACCUCCUGUCAGAUUUCGAUGAGUUUUCCUCCAGAUUCAAGAACCUGGCCCACCAGCACCAGUCGAUGUUCCCCACCCUGGAAAUAGACAUUGAAGGCCAACUCAAAAGGCUCAAGGGCUUUGCUGAGCGGAUCAGACCCAUGGUCCGAGAUGGUGUUUACUUUAUGUAUGAGGCACUCCACGGCCCCCCCAAGAAGAUCCUGGUGGAGGGUGCCAACGCCGCCCUCCUCGACAUUGACUUCGGGACCUACCCCUUUGUGACUUCAUCCAACUGCACCGUGGGCGGCGUGUGCACGGGCCUAGGCAUUCCCCCGCAGAACAUAGGUGACGUGUAUGGUGUGGUGAAGGCCUAUACCACACGCGUGGGCAUCGGGGCCUUCCCCACCGAACAGAUCAACGAGAUUGGAGACCUGCUGCAGACCCGCGGCCACGAGUGGGGGGUGACCACAGGCAGGAAGAGGCGCUGUGGCUGGCUCGACCUGAUGAUUCUGAGAUAUGCUCACAUGGUCAAUGGAUUCACUGCGCUGGCCCUGACGAAGCUAGACAUCCUGGAUGUACUGGGUGAGAUUAAAGUUGGCAUCUCGUACAAGCUGAACGGGAAGAGGAUUCCCUAUUUCCCAGCUAACCAGGAGAUGCUUCAGAAGGUCGAAGUCGAAUAUGAAACGCUGCCUGGCUGGAAAGCAGACACCACAGGCGCCAGGAGGUGGGAGGACCUGCCCCCGCAGGCCCAGAACUACAUCCGCUUUGUGGAGAAUCACGUGGGAGUCGCAGUCAAAUGGGUUGGUGUUGGCAAGUCAAGAGAGUCAAUGAUCCAGCUGUUUUAGUCACAGACUGAGCUGAUCCCAACAGACCUGGCAGCGAAACAGCAGCAAUCACGUUCCUCGGCAGCCACAACCGACACCAAAGCAGGAAAGCUGUUUUCUGUAUUUUUCUAUUUCUGUUCAACCUGUUGGUUUCUACAAUGAUUUUAAACAUUGGAAAGCCAGCCUUGUGUAUAUUUUUAAAAAUUCUGCUAUUUAAAAUGAGCCAAAGUGCUCAAAGCAGAGACCUUCUAUGACACAUUAGUGUCACAUGGUUGCGUGUCCAGCUGAAGCAGUGUCAUAAUAAACAUCUCCAAUGGCCACUGAA